GCUUAACUUUAAAUUCAAAUCUCGUUUUUGACCGAUAUUUCGCGUGAGGAGAUGAAUGGAAAUGGCGACUAGACGGUCGUUGCUUCAAAACGAAUCGUCUUCUCCUUCUCAUAGCAAUGAUCCUGGGAGAGAUUUGUUUGAAGCUUGUAGAAACGGAGAUCUAAACAAAGUAAAGAAACUAGUGAAUCAUCACAAUGUGAACGCCAAAGAUACGGCAGGAAGAAAGUCGUCGCCUCUACAUUUUGCAGCUGGUUUUGGAAGGAAGGAUGUUGUAGAACAUUUACUGGAGUGUGGGGCCAGUGUUCAUGCCAAAGAUGAUGGGGGUCUGAUUCCCCUCCACAACGCCUGUUCAUUUGGGCAUGCUGAGGUCGUUCAGCUUCUGCUGAGGAGUGGUGCAGAUGCCAAUGCUCGUGACAAUUGGAAUUACACCCCUCUGCAUGAGGCUGCCAUAAAGGGAAAAAUUGAUGUCUGUAUUGUUUUAUUGCAACACUGUGCUGACCCCAACAUCCGUAACACUGAUGGCAAAACGGCAUUGGACCUGGCUGACCCCUCCGCUAAAGCUGUUCUAACUGGAGAGUACAAGAAGGAUGAACUUUUGGAAGCUGCCCGCAGCGGAAAUGAGGACAAGUUGAUGUCUCUGCUGACCCCCCUCAAUGUCAACUGCCAUGCCAGUGAUGGACGAAAGUCUACACCACUACACCUCGCUGCUGGAUAUAAUAGAACGCGUAUCGUACAGCUGCUGCUACAACAUGGAGCUGAUGUUCAUGCCAAAGACAAGGGGGGACUUGUUCCACUUCAUAAUGCUUGUUCAUACGGACAUUUCGAAGUUACUGAAAUGUUGCUUAAGGCGGGUGCCAGUGUGAAUGCUAUGGAUCUGUGGCAGUUCACUCCCCUACACGAGGCAGCUUCUAAAUCCCGAGUAGAAGUUUGCUCACUGCUGCUGGCACAUGGUGCUGACCCUACCCUUGUGAACUGUCAUUCAAAAAGUGCUAUCGAUGUGGCUCCCACGAGAGAGCUACAGGAAAGACUUCAGCAGGAGUUCAAAGGUCACUCCCUCCUGGAGGGCUGUAGACAAGCUGAUGUAGCACGAGUAAAGAAGUACUUAGAAGUUGUCAACUUCAAACACCCAUACUCUGGAGAUACUGCAUUGCACUGUGCAGCAGCCUCACCUUUCCCGAAGAGGAAGCAAGUUGUGGAAGCUCUGAUCAGAAAGGGAGCAAACCUCAAUGAUAAAAACAAAGAGUAUGUAACGGCUCUUCAUAUAGCUGCUGACAAAGCUCACUAUGAUGUGAUGGAUGUUCUGCUGAAGCAUGGUGCCAAGGUGAAUGCUCUGGAUGGCUUGGGACAAACUGCGCUACACCGGGUAGCUCAGCAGGGUAACAUGCAGGCAUGUCGACUGCUGAUGUCAUAUGCAGUGGAUUCAUCAAUUGUCUCACUACAAGGUUACACAGCUGCUCAACUAGCAACAGAAAACAUCCAAAAAAUGCUCAAAGAGGACCCUCCAGUGGGAGGUACAGAUGUCGACAUCCAGCUGUUAGAGGCAGCUAAAGCAGGUGAUAUGGAAGUUGUUAAGAAGUUGAUAUCCCAGAACCCCCACUCUGUGAACUGUCGAGAUCUGGACGGCCGUCACUCUACUCCCCUCCACUUUGCUGCUGGGUAUAAUAGGGUAGUGGUGGUGGAGUAUCUACUUCAGCACGGAGCCGAUGUCCAUGCCAAGGAUAAAGGGGGAUUGGUUCCACUUCACAAUGCCUGCAGUUAUGGUCAUUUUGAAGUCACAGAACUCUUGAUCAAGCAUGGUGCUUGUGUUAAUGUUGCUGAUCUAUGGAAGUUCACACCAUUACAUGAAGCAGCGGCCAAGGGGAAAUUUGAAAUCUGUAAAUUAUUGUUAAAACACGGUGCUGACCCAAAUAAGAAGAAUCGGGAUGGAAACACACCUUUAGAUCUAGUCAAAGAGGGGGAUCAGGAUGUGGCAGACCUCCUCAGAGGGGAUGCUGCAUUAUUAGAGGCUGCCAAGAAGGGAAAUCUGGCCCGGGUUCAGAAGUUAGCAUCCCAGGAAAACAUCAACUGUAGGGAUACACAGGGCAGGAAUUCCACUCCACUGCACUUAGCAGCUGGGUAUAACAAUGUUGAGGUGGCUGAGUUCCUAUUAGAAAAUGGUGCUGAUGUAAAUGCCCAAGACAAGGGAGGUCUCAUUCCACUCCACAAUGCCUCAUCUUACGGACAUGUAGACAUUGCAGCCCUUCUAAUCAAAUUCAAUACCUGUGUGAAUGCCGUAGACAGGUGGGGCUUUACGCCAUUACAUGAAGCGGCUCAGAAAGGCCGAACUCAACUCUGUUCCUUACUGUUAGCACAUGGAGCUGAUCCCACUAUGAAAAAUCAAGAAGGCCAUACACCAUUAGAUUUAGCCACAGCAGAUGAUGUGCAUGCGUUACUACAAGAUGCUAUGCCACCAGUGGUACAGCCUCCCUCUCUCACUAAAUCCAGUAUUAAUCUGGGUAAUUCAAGUGAUGCUAGCUCUAACAAUAGUGUGACAUUUAAUGCAUCAGACCUCGGGGUAGCUGCCGGGGCCUCGGGAACCUCAGCAGGAGCCUCAAUGUCAAUUACUGCGGAGGGAUGCAACAUGGAACGUACCAUGGCAGAAGGGGAGCGCGGCAUCGAUAGCAUGAGUGUAUCAGCAUUCCUAAACAGUGUAGGACUAGAACAACUUGUGUGUGUUUUUGAAAAGGAACAAAUUUCAAUGGACAUUCUUGUAGAAAUGGGACAUGAUGAAUUAAAGGAGGUCGGAAUUAAUGCUUAUGGACAUAGACACAAAAUUCUCAAAGGAAUAGAAAAAUUAGCGGCUAGCAAAGCUUCGGCAUCACUACCUGCAGUGCCCACACAAGGAACAGUGCUAGUCGAUCUCGGGCCUGAUGACCCAGAGUACAUAUCGGUAGAAGAACAGAUGCAGAGCACUCUUCGAGAACAUAAAGACAACACUGGAGGUGUAUUCAAUAAAUAUACAAUAUCUAAGAUACAAAAAAUCAGCAACAAGCGUUUAUGGGGUAAAUAUUGCCAUCGGCGGAAAGAAGUAUCAGAGGAAAAUCACGGGCAUGACAAUGAACGGUUGUUGUUUCAUGGAUCACCAUUCAUCAAUGCUAUUGUGCAUAAGGGGUUUGACGAGCGACACGCUUACAUUGGGGGAAUGUUUGGUGCUGGUAUUUAUUUUGCUGAGAACUCAUCAAAGAGUAACCAAUAUGUUUAUGGUAUAGGAGGAGGAACGGGAUGCCCCGCUCACAAAGACAGAUCGUGUUACAUAUGUCACAGGCAGCUGAUCCUGUGUCGAGUGACCCUAGGCAAGUCCUUCCUCCAGUUUAGUGCAAUAAAGAUGGCUCAUGCCCCACCAGGACACCACUCCAUUAUAGGGCGACCCAGCAGUGGAGGACUGAUGUUUCCAGAAUAUGUGGUGUACAGAGGAGAACAGGCCUAUCCAGAAUAUCUGAUCACCUUCCAGAUCUGUAAGCCGGAGUCACCAACCCCCACACCCAAGAAAUCCUAGAUGCCAAACAACUUGCAGAAUUACCUGUCUACAAAUUCAAGCAGGGUAACCCCAUAAUGCCUGCAACAGCUGCGAGACCCCGCAUCAGAAUGCAAUAAUUACUGAUAGAGACAGUUGAAUCUGAAUAUCACAGGGGGGGAUUUUGUGUUGAUGGCAAGCGUUGAUAGCUUGCUGUACCAGACUUUUUUACACAGAAUUUCUCUCUCACAACUGUGAUAGCAACAAGAUAAUUAUGAACGGAAUACAACCACAGUGUGUUGCAACACAUUGUAAAUGAUCUGAAUAUUUCAAGACACAUAAUUUAUUCAGUCAGGGUAAAAAUGUGUUAUAUGUGAAUUGCAAUUGUUAACUUUAAAGUCGAAGGUGUUAUUUCAAAGUCUACGUCAAAUCUUGCCUGGUUGUGAAAAUGAAUAAGCAUUUGAAAACAGUUUUAAAUUUGUGUGCUAGAAACGUUCUAGAAAAGAUUUUUUCAAACCAAUGUUUUGAGUGCCAUACAUUUAUAUUGUGAACAAACUAUGCAACUAUGCAGUAGUUUCAUGUACAGCAUAGUAGUUAUAAUCCCUUUUGAGAAGUGGAUGACAAGAAGCAAACACAAAUAUUUACUCAAUUCAUAGUUUCUUUUAUUUAUUCAGAUACAGAAAUUUUAGUAAUGUUAGGUUUACAUUUAAUUAUGAAUCAUGAAUCACAGGCUGUUUUUAUGUAUAUAUAUUUUUAAAUUUCUUUUAAAUUACUGAUGUCUAAUAUAAACCUACUGAUUUUAAAAAAUUUAUCUGAAAAAAAUUAUUUUAUUUAUAUCCAACAGGAAUCUCAUUGUGUGACUGCAAAUACCAGUAUUCCCUCCCCUGUUUUAUAUGAUAAGACAGGCCCAGUACGUGAAGACUGUAUAUAAUUCCUGUAGAUUUGUAGAUAAUGUCUUGUGAAUAUUGAUGUGUAUGUAGUCUGUCAGGUCUCUGUAAUUUGUGUCAGUGUAAAUCAGAACUACAUGUUCAAAUAAAACCAAGAUUAAUUGUUCA